GCGGCGAGGCGCCCCCCGGCGGAGAGCCGGAGCCCCGCGCCUGUCUGGCAGCGCCCAAUGAGCCCGGCAGACGUCGGGUUGGGGGGGCGCGGGGAUGGGCCGUAUCACCGCGGGGCCAAAAAGGAGCUCUGGCCCGCACCCCCCGCCCUCCCGCGCGGAAUGGUACGGCCCGGCCGGGUUAAAGCCCGGGGGAGGAGGCGCGGCCUGCGGCGGCGGCGCUAUGGGGCUGCGAGCUGGAAGAUCCCUGGGCAGGGCAGGAACGGGCCAGGGGGAAUCCGAAGGACCCGGGCCGAGCAGCGGCGCUCUAGGAGGCAGCAUCCACUCGGGCUGCAUCGCCGCGGUGCACAACGUGCCGCUGAGCGUGCUCAUCCGGCCGCUGCCGUCUGUGCUGAACCCGGCCAAGGUGCAGAGCCUCGUGGACACGAUCAGGGAGGACCCAGACAGUGUACCACCCAUCGACGUCCUCUGGAUCAAAGGGGCCCAGGGUGGUGACUACUUCUACUCCUUUGGGGGCUGCCACCGCUAUGCAGCCUACCAGCAGCUACAGCGAGAGACCAUCCCUGCCAAGCUCGUCCAGUCCACCCUCUCGGACCUAAGGGUGUACCUGGGUGCUUCCACGCCGGACUUGCAAUAGCAGCCUCCUUGGCACCUACCACCACUCCCAAGAGCCCAAAAAACACACCUGGCCUCCAGUGGACUGGGCCUUGCAGAAGGUGUAGCUGGGGUGCAUUCUCUUUGUACCUGGAGGGAGUGUCUGCCUCUAAACACCGUCUUUGCGAGCUGCAAGACCUUCGACUCAUUAUGUGUGGUGUAGGAGGCCCAGUUCCCACUGCUAUGAAAAUGGGUCAUGUCUUUGCUCUCCAGGGAUUAUUGAGAGGAUGAAAUGAGAAAGGAGAUUGGCUUGGAGAGCCCCGUGCUGCUGGCUCCAGAUUUCCAAGCACAAGGAGCCUUCUGCCUUUUUGUCUUUGUAUAUCCUAUUGUGCGGAAUACAUUUAGCUCUAAGUAAAGGAAAAAUUAGGUUACAGUGGCUUAGACAAAGAGAAGUUUGUUUUUCCACAUAGCAUCAAUCCUGGAGACAGGUGUUAAUGGUAUUGGUUUAGCCACACGGCACAGGUAGGGCACACUUCUCUGUGAUCCUUUUAGUCUUUCUCUCAUUGCUCGGUACUUCUUGGUCACAAGAUGGCUGCUGUACCACCAUGAAUCAUGCCUGUGUUUAAGAAAGAAAUGAGUGGGGGAAGAGGAAGGGUCAGCCAGCUAGACCGAGGAACGUCUAUCAUCAAGUCAAACCUUUUUCAGACGCAUGUUUCCUGCUCUUUCUCCCUGCAUAUUUCCAGUUAGGUCUCCGUGGCCUAAACCAACCACCAUUACCAACCCUAGUAGCAAAGAAAGCUAAGAGAGCAGGGAACAGAAUUGUCACAAUUGAGAAGAUCAGCCAUAGCCCAUCUCCUGGGACUGGCACACUGCCUCUUGAGAUAAAACAGAAUCCCAUUACCAGGAGAAAAAUGAGGAAUUGUGUAUAGUUAGCUGUUGCCAUGGAACAAAUCAUCCUCAAACUUAGCAGCUAAAAAACUAGUCAUUUAUUUACCUACAAUUCUGUGGGAAGGCAGUUCGGGCCAGGCUUAUCUGGAUAGUUCUGUUGAUGUUGCCCAGGGUCAUUCCUGGGACUCGUGCAAUCAGCUGUCACCUCAGGUGGGGUUGUAUGGUCUAGGAUGGUCUAACUCACUUGUCCAGCAGUUGGCAGGCCGUUGGCUGGAUGACUUGGUUUUCUUCCAGGUGGCCUCUCCAGCAGGUUAACUCAGGCUUAAUCACUGAGGGACUCGGGAUUCUAAGAGAAUGAGAAGCUACAAAACUUCUUGAGUUCUAGGCCCAGAAUUGGUACAACAUCAUUCUGCUAAGUUCUUUUUGUCAGAGCAAAUCAUAAGGCUGGCCUGAUUCAAGGAGCAUGGAAACAGACUAUUCCUCUUAGAGAAGCUGAAAAUAAUUUGUGGCAUUUUUCAUCUAUCACAAAUGAUUUGCAUAGGCCAAUAACAUUAGCACACACACAGGGCCUCACUCUGCCUAAGCUAAAGUCACUAAGACAUUGUCCUGGCCCUCAAAUCUGGGGGAAGAGGUGAUGGGUGGGGGAUGGACCUCCCAGGGCUGAUCCCCCUCUAAUAGAGGCAUCUCCCAUUGUCUGCACUGCUGGGUUGGGGUAGGCCAGGAGGGAUAUUCCAGAGGCCUCUGAAAACCAAGAGUCCUCUGGGGAAGGGAAGAAGAGGUAGAGGAAAGGUGCAAGUGAGGUAGGCCUUGCUCUCCCUGCCCUGCUAAGGGAUCUUGGUCAGUUGGUGUUUUCAAGCCUCAGUUUCCUCGGGUCAGUAAUGAAGACAAUAGUUCUCCCAUCCAUUCUCUGUCACCAGGAAAAAUGACUGAGGUAACCCAUAGAGUUUAAAAGGACUGUAGUCUUAAAUGCAAUGUGAUAUCCUGGAUUGGAUCUUGGAAGGAUAAAAAGACAGUGGAAAAACUGGAAAUCUGACUAAGUUCUGGUUUUUAGUUAAUAAUAACAUACCAAUGUCGGUCUCUUAGUUGUGACACAUGUACCAUGAAGGUGUAAGAUGUUGAUGUUGGCAUCGGCUGGGUGCCAAGUGUGUGGGCUCUCUGUACUAUCUUGGCAACUUUUCUGUCAAUCAAAAAUCAUUCCCAAAUAAAAGUUUAUUUAGUAAAAAAAAAAAAAAAAGGGCGGGGCGGGGUGGUGGUGUAAUUGCUUUAGACCAGUGGUUCAGGUUCUCAGACUGGUUUGCUAAAACACGGAUGGCUGGGCCCCACCCCCAGAGUUUCUUACUCAGUAGGUCGGGUGGGGCCUGAGAAUUUGCUUUUCUAACACAUUCCCAGGUGAUGGUGCUAUUGCUGCUGUUCAGGGACCACAGGCUGAGAAGCUGAUCGAGAUAGACCAUGUCAACUGUUUGCAAACGUGGUGACACCCGCUCCACCCCCAUUGGGCUGGCUCUCAGAAGAUCUGUGGUCUGGGGCCAGCUUGUACACUCCUUCCACUGUGACAUUGGACAAGCCCUUCCCUGGGGACUUUUUCUAAACUGUCAAAUGAACUGUCUAUCCCUAAGAUUUGUACCAAGGUUCAGGAAGCUAAGGACAUGAUUUGUCUGUGCUGUCAUGGGGUGCCAGUGUCUCACGUGUAAUCGUAAUCGCCUCCUGCACCCAUUGGCUAGAGUGACUGAAUGGUUGCUCCUUCCUGAAAGGGCUUUUUCUUCUUGCAGAUAAGACUCAAGCAGGCAAUGCUGGGGGCCCUGCUAAGCACUGGGUUGGAGGUACAGAACGGACUUGGAGUGGGAGGGGUUGGUCAUUCUUAAGGAAGAGCUGAGUUUUGAGCUGAGAGCUGCGUUUCCCUCUUACGCCAGCAGGUGGCGCUGCUUUCUGGCCUGCUGGAACAGGGCUGGACCUCUAACCCGCAGAUCUAUGGGAAAGAGAUAGAUGGAGGGGCCUGAAUUUUAAGAGGGGCCCAUCAGUUGCCCAGAGAAGCAGGGGGUCCGGGUGUAAGAAGGAGACCUAGCUGGGAGGUUCUACUUAUUCUGACUUCUCUUGCUCCGUGGCCUUGCACACAUUACAGCUUCUCCAGGCCUGUCUCCUAGUCUACACUGGGAGAGCUGGGCCAGAAGGUGUCAGGCUCAGCAAAGGUGACACCUCCUCCAAGCUUCCUGAUCCUCCAGGCUGAGCCACAUGUCUUUUCUGGGCUCCCCUGAUCCAAUUGUGACUCCCCUCCCCAAACAAACGACUGUCCCCAGGAACUUGGGUCCAAUGAAAGGCAGUAUUGUGGGACCCCUUCGUUACCUUACUACCCUGGAACCGAACUUCUUCACCGUGGUAGAUUUAAACAAUUGUUUCAAUUUCACAAGUUAUACAUGAAAUUCACCUUUAAAACAUUAAGAGAGUAAAAUGCUAAGUAAUUAAAUAUUUUAAAAUUGAAAUCUUAGAGGCAAGCUGAAGCAAGCACACCAUGAGUCACUGUUUUGUUUGUCUCUUCGUCUUCCUAAUUGGAACAAUUACCUUUGUGAAUUUGGCAUAUACCCUUUCAGAACUUUUUCAACUGUGCAGUGUGUAUAUGCGUGUAAGUAAAGAAUGCUUUUCUUUUCUACAGUAUUUUGCAGGUUGCACUUAUCCCCUAGCAUGUGCCCUAGUCAUCCACCUCAUUAGUGUCUACUCUUCUCCCAGAGUCUCCCUCAUUCUAGUCACUUCCUCAGAGGAGCCUUCCCUGUCCAUACCAUCUAAAACAUCUCCCUCUCCCAUCAUUCUAUCACCUUAGUCAGUUUUCUUUUCUUCAUGUUAUUUAUCACACUCCCUGAAAUUAUCUUCUGUGUCUGUUUAUGACUGUUUCACCCACUAGAAUGUAAGUUCUUGAGACAGGACUUGAUCUGUCUUGUUUAUCACUGCAGGCCCAGUGCCAAAAACAGUGUGGUACAUAGUAAGUGUUC